UGGAGCCUGUGACAUGGAGGCUUUGGAAGUGGACGAUAUCAGCCCAGCCUUGGAAGUGACUGAGGAUUUCUUUAAUAGCUUUGAGAGUAAGCUCGAAAACGUUGUGCAACAAGCAGAGGUUUAUGGGAUCCAGGAAGUCCCCGAGCUGGUGGGGCGCGAGGCCCUCAGCAACCUCACAGACAAUGGUGCUAUGAGAAAUGUCUCCCUGGGCAAGGGAGGCCUGAUCUGGGACCCGUGUAAGAGUCGGCACUUAGAAACCAAAGCUCCAAAUGUCUUCCCCGCCAAAGAACAGUUUUUGGUCCAGAAAGGGACAGCCCCAGAUAACCUCUCCUGGAUGGAGCAGAAGGAGGCAUCCACCUUUAACUUUUUCAACAUUUGCCAGCGUCGGAGAGACAGGCCUCGUUCUGUGAACGACUUGCUGGACGAGACUUCGACUUUCAAGCCAGGGCAUGCCCGGUCGAGGUCAGAUAUCACCCAGAGGGACUGGAGGGUCCUCCUCCAAGCCAUGCCGCAGCAGCUACAGCCGUCCCUCCAAGGCCCGCCCUUCGCACGGCGCUCCUUCCUGUUGCCCUCACCAAAUAAGGUGGAAGAUGCUCAAGGGAAUACUGAACACAAGCAGACAUUCCCGAACAUUCUGAAGAAAGGUUACCUGGAGAUUCGGAAGAACCAUGACAGUUACUGGCAGAGCUGUUAUGCCGAACUCUCACCUUACAGCCUGUGCUUCUACAGCCUCGAUGGCAGUGGAAAUCCAAUGCCCUAUGCCACCUACCUGCUCUCCCACUUCCAGAGCAUAUCUGUCCUGGGCAAUCUCGAGGCCAGGCUGGUGGACACAGUUUUGUAUGACAACACACAACUGCAGCUGAAGGCAGAGUCCCCGUGGGAGGCUCUGGACUGGGGGCAGAAGCUCUGGGAAGCUGUGCAUGCCGCCAUGCCCGGGUACCCGGGGCGGCGGGAGGAGCUGGCCCCUGUGGCAGGCCUGGGUCAUCACGUCGACUGUCCACAGAACCACUGUUUACAGAAGAACCCCAGCGAGUUGCUGCCGCCGUCUCCUGUUGUGGAUAGUUCCCGACGGUACCAAAACAUUCUCAAAUCGGGGACCCUCUACAGGCUGACCCUCCAGAACAACUGGAAGGCAUUUACGUUUGUACUGAGCCAGGCAUACCUUCUGGCCUUUCAGCCGGGCAAACUGGAUGAGGACCCCCUCCUCAGCUACAACGUGGACGUGUGUCUGGCCGUCCAGGUCGACAACCUGGACGACUGCGACUCUUGCUUCCAAGUCAUCUUCCCCCAAGAUGUGCUCCGCCUGCGCGCUGAGACCCGGCAGCGGGCCCAGGAGUGGAUGGAUGCCCUGAAGACGGUGGCCAGCCUGGCGCGGAGCUCAGAGCAGAGCCUGCCCGUGAUGCUACGGAACAAGCCCCAGGACCAGCCGGGUGGCCAGGAGCUCAAGAAGCACAAACGCCAGUCGGUCACCUCCAGCUUCCUGAGCAUCCUGACGACGUUGUCUCUGGAGCGAGGACUCACAGCUCAGAGCUUCAAAUGUGCAGGAUGCCCGCGAUCCAUAGGCCUUUCCAACGGGAAAGCCAAGGUGUGCAAUUACAGUGGGUGGUACUACUGCAGCAGUUGCCACGUGGACGACACUUUUCUCAUCCCGGCACGCAUUGUCCACAACUGGGACACUUCUAAGUAUAAGGUAUCUAAGCAGGCCAAAGAGUUUCUGGAGUAUGUGUACGAGGAGCCCCUGAUCGACAUCCAGCAGGAGAACCCCAUGCUAUACCUCCAUGCCGAGCCACUGGCUGCGGUGGUAAGACUACGGCAGCGGCUGAAAUCGCUGCGAGCCUAUUUGUUCAGCUGCCGGGCAGCAGUGGCCGAGGAUCUGCGCCGCAGAAUUUUCCCCCGAGAAUACCUCCUCCAACAGAUUCACCUCUAUUCCCUGGCUGAUCUGCAACAGGUGAUAGAGGGGAAGCUGGCUCCAUUCUUGGGCAAGGUCAUUAAAUUUGCCACCUCCCACGUGUACAGCUGCAGCCUUUGUAGCCAGAAGGGCUUCAUCUGUGAAAUCUGUAACAAUGGAGAGAUCCUCUACCCUUUUGAGGAUAUUUCAACGAGCAGGUGUGAGAGCUGUGGAGCCGUUUUUCAUUCCGAGUGCAAAGAAAAGUCUGUCCCGUGCCCAAGGUGUGUCCGCCGAGAGCUGCAGAAGAAGCAGAAGUCUUUCUGGCGGAGGCUGAAUAUGGAUGAGAGCCUGGAAGAGGCUUGCAACAUGUUUGAGCUGUCCUACCAGAACACCUGACUCGGCGCCAGCCCUGGCCAGCGAGUGACCUCCGGGUGAUCCGUCAGCCCCCACGGCUGCCUAACCAGCCAGCUAGGUCCCUUUGGAAGAGGAGCGCCUCAUCUUCUGCUAGAUUUAUAUUUUAUUUCUAUAUAUACCCAUACAGGCAGGUAUAGAUACACACUUACAUGUCCUGUAUGGAUGUUCCUUAAAAAUUAUUAUCAUCUAGAAGGUCCAUGGAGUCUCUGUGACUCAAAAAGCUUCUGAUUACUGAAUCAAAUUUAACCAUGUAAUGAGCUACUUACACCCAAACAAUAUGUGGUUUACAUUCAAGGCUUUAUCAUUC